AAGGAGGGCAUCAUUAUGGAGAAACCGUUGGAAUUCUUGGAUAUGCCCAUCCUUUUAGAGGGAUACUGCUUCGUGUUUGGACAACAGUGCCCCGGAUAUAUGGAAAGCAGAAACAGAUACAGUGAAGAUACCAUCACAUGUACAUCUCAACAAAAUGAGAGAACCGGUCUCAAUCCGACUGUAUAUAAGAACGAGGAAUGAGGGGCUUAUUUUAUUGAUUUAUAUCAAGGUUUUGAAACAGAAAUGUGUAAGAAAAAUUAUUUCAUAUCUGUGAUUCUUGAGAAAGAGGAAGCCACUACAAGAUAUCUUCCAGGUGCAGACUUAUGCUUAAUCGCGAAUAUUUCAAUUUUCAUUGAAUAAAUCGCCGUGCAAAAUGAAAUCUGUAAGGAUCCUGUGUUGCUAUCCUAUUCUCAUCGAUACCAAAGUUGAGUUUUAGAUCCCAUGCAGUAUUCACUGAUCGCAGACAACGACAGAGGUACUUCACUAUCUAAUCAGGGCGUUCACCGCAUUUCUACACCAGAAGUUAAUUUGAAUUUACUUCAUCUGGUUGCAUCAGAACUUGAAUCGAAUUUAAGAAGAAACUGAUGAAACGAUUAUUAAGAACAUUGAGAUUGUCAGCGUUGUUUUGGAUUUGGGUGUUCAUGAGGCUUCUACAAAGCAUCUUUUCCUUGAUAUCUUUAUAUUAGUUGAGAAACGUUUUAGGAGCAGGUCAUCAGUGAGGUAAUGGUAGUACUAGUGAAUAUAGACGUGUUUACUUGUUUUGGAACAGAUGUCCUUUCACGAUGAAUCCUUACAAUAUCUGUACUCCUCCUUAUAAAACUCAAACCUUCCUUGAAGAAAGUAUGGUUUGAUUGACCUCACAGGAGUUUAUUUUUAAAAUCGUUAUCACUGCAGAAUUUCAUUCCUGCAUUGUAUUUAAAGAGGAAAGUGUCUUCAAAAUUAAGUUGAUUUUGUUUCCGACUCUCACUAGCAAUUAUCAGGCAUCUGAAAAUGUUUGAACAGGUUUAAGAGACUGGCGUUUUCGGUAAGCUAUUAUCAUGAUUGUGUGACUUAUUUCCAUAUGUCGCCCAAUUCUAUCUCCGCACAUUCUAAACUUAAUUAACUAUUCUGAUACCAUGCAUUAUUUACCGACGAAGAGAUUUCUUUUUCGGUUGUGACCAAUGCAAACAUCUUGCCGCAUAAAAAUACUGAUAUCCUCGCACCAAGCCACUUAUAAUACUCAAACUAUUUAGUAACCGUAAAAUGAUAAGACAGGCAGUAGAUGGAGAUCUGUAUUCGAAAACUUUCCAUUGAAAAAUCGACACUAAUGAAUUAUUCCCAUGAUGAUAUACGCUCUUGGGGGUGUGUCCUCGUAAUGAACACGUACUUUUACACAACUCAUGUGAUCUGAUUAACCAUCAUCUCUGAUGAUCUAGUUCACGCCAAAACAAAUUAAUAAGCUGAUGCGGAGACAAACAAUGUUUCUUGUGAAGUAUCUUAUUGAAAUAUGGAACCUUCAGCGAAUCGUCAUUAUCUUUUUCAUUAUGAUAUGUCGCUAAUUAUAUUGUAUUGUUCGCCGAAACACAAGGACAUAGAACCAUUGUAAUAAGCAACACAGCCUAAUUAAGUUCGAGGGAAUCGGGGCAGUGGUACAAAGAAAACUGCUCAUCUUCCCGAGAUAUAUUAAAGUCUGCCUCUUAUUUUUGCCAGUCUAAUACAAUAAAGUGAGAAGAGGUGUCAUGCGCUCCAAAAGAUAUGGAUAAAUUUUGUUUACUAUAGCGACAGAAAGAUUAUUUUUUAGUGAUUUAAAUGUAAGUGGAGGUUCGUCUAUUUGAUAUUAGUUGCUCUAAACGACGGAGCUGAUAGACUACUAGUCAAUUAGAGCACAUUUUGAGAUGUGCAACUAAAAAGCGGUGAUUGACAAGCUAUUAAUGCAGCAAAAUUACUGCGACGUGCAUGGAGACAAGAAGGCUCAUGGAUUUUCGUCUUGCUUGCAUUAUAACCAUUAGCAUGCUUACCAAGUUCCAUCGUUGACAAGUGUGAUGUGUAACUGUAAACGAUUGAGGAAUGUAAACUGCGCCCUAGAAGACUGCUAAAUUACUUCUGACAAUUCACCGAAUCUCAAGUGGUAAUGACUGCCGUUGUGUGUAGCAUAUCGCAUAUCAUUGAAUUCGGGAGAUCAGUGACAUAUUUUAACUUGUUUCCAAAGGAGACAAAAGAGUGAACAUUUUAAACUCUAUCAAGUUAAAAGAAUUCGAAACGAACUUCGGUAAUUUGGUCUAAAUGACGUACUCGAGCAAAGAAUGUUUACUGAACACAUGAACAAGACUUAAUUUUUGUCUUGAAUGUCAAUAGGAUGUCGAAAUAUUUUUGACUAAAUGUGUGUGAAAGAACUAAUCAUUUUGAAUCAUAUUAACUUAUUGAGUUUCUAGAAUCAAUUCUUAAAUCGACAUUUAUCGAAUGAUAUCCUGAUUUUGAUCCUUUAUAACUGCACAAACAGUUACCUUUCGGAGUCAAGAUGGAAAGAAACCUCUCAAGGUGCAUCCAAACGGAUAACAUAACAUCGUUAGUUGAUGCCAAAAGUUUCGGAUACAGUAACGGAGAAACAUUUUAUACCACCGUUUUUCUCCCUCUAAUCGCGUUUUUCGGCGUCGUCGUCAACCUCGCUUUCAUCUUCGUCGUCUCGCGUGUACCUCGAAUGCACACCUCAACGAACUGUUAUUUGAUAAAUCUUGCCAUUGCCGAUAUCGUAUUCCUUCUCACAGGAGUAGGAGAGAAAUUGUACCGAUUUGUCAAAUCGCCGAUACAUGGAGACGAUACACCGAUUCAAAAUGGCGGUUGUGUUUGGAUAUACCUCAUCACUGACACAACUUAUUUCGUGUCAUUGUGUUUUGUCACUUUGGUAUCGAUAGAAAGAUUUUGCGCGGUCUGCAAACCACAAAAUCGGUACUGUAUCAGCAAAAGUAAAGCAGGGGUAUUAGCUUGCAUUGCUUGGAUGUUGUCCGUGUGUCUUGCAUCAGCGCUGAUAACCACGAAUAGCAAGUUCUUUACGAUUUGUAUUAUAUGGCCAAAGGAAGCUCUGUAUCUAAAUUACCCAGAAUCAUGGGGACUUUGCACGGCUUUCUACCCAUGGGUAAAGGCAUAUGGAGAAGGAAUGCAGACUAUUCCAUUUUUUCUCACUCUUGUGAUCAAUGGAAUAAUGUACAUUCUGAUCAUACGCGGAUUGAACAAAUCGGUGAGUCGUCUAAAGAGCCACUCGGAACGGAGUUCUGAAAUCGAUUCCCGCAUGCGUGAUCAAAUUACUCGGAUGCUAAUCAUCAAUGGAUUUAUCUUCUUUUUAUGCCUUGCUCCAUUUGAAAUCCUUUCUUUCAUUGAAAUGUUAUCGGGGAUUCAAAAACGUUUACUAUUUCAUUCAGAUACCCUUGUUGGUCUGAGCUAUUCCGCACGCGCCUUGGCGUACAUUAAUUGCGUCAUAAACCCUGUCAUCUACACCACCAUGAGCCAACGAUAUCGUCAUGCUUUCAAACAAGUAUUCAGCAUAGAGAGACCGUCUGUUCCAGUCACUGGUCAGUCUUGUACUACAAAGUAUAUUGGGAGUACAACCCAAGAACAUGUGCGGGUUAAUUUUGACAGCCGUCUUUAAAAAGAACGUAUUUGUAUAUUUUUGUAUUCAGGUUCUUUGCUGUAUCAAAUUUCAU